AUGUCGACCAAAGAUAGGAAAACUAUAACUUGGAAGCAAUUCUACAAUAGCAUGGAGUUCAAGGACAACGAGAUGCUCGUCCACAUGUCAGGUGUUUUGGUGCUCGACUUUUAUGAUCUACCAUCCAAUCUCAAGCUGUGCUACUUGUGUUGGUGUGCCAUCUUCCCCGACAACUGCGUUAUCAAGAAAAAUUGGCUAAUAAGGUUGUGGGUGGCAAAAGUAUUUGUGGAGGGAAAGCCAGGAAUAUUAACAAUGGAGGAAAUAGCAGAGGAUAACAUGGAUGAGCUGGUCAGAGCUAACCUUAUUCCAGUAGCAAUUGCAGACGAAAUGGGAAGAACAAAAGCUUGUCGAGUCCAUGUCUUGAUGAGAGAAAUAUCCUUCGCUGCAACCAGAGAUAAGCUCCACACGUCGCCUAUCUAUCCAGAAGAGCAUCAAGAAAUCCCCUGUGACAUGGACUCUGCUGCUUCUUUUGUGAAAAUGUCCCCCAAUUUAAUGCUCUUGAAGGUAUUAGAAUUGAGGAAUCUUGCUAUUACCCAUGUCCGAGAUGUAGUGGCUGAUCUAUUUAAUUUGAGGUACUUCAGCUUGAGGUGA